AUGAGCUGCUGGGGUAGUGAAGCUUUAAGCAAAAUUGCUUGUGCAAUUGGUAAACCUCUGUUUGCUGAUAAAUGCACCACUAAGCAAACACGAAUCUUUUAUGCAAGGAUGUUGAUUGAAGUAAAUGUUACAAGAGCUAUGCCUACUGAGAUUACUAUGUUGGAUCCUAGAGGCAGGGGAUUUCAGCAAGAAUUGGUGUAUAAGUGGAAGCCAAAUUACUGUGACAAAUGCCAGGUCAUUGGUCAUGUGUGUCCUAAUCAACAAGGUCCAAGCGAGCAGAAGGAAGAGCAGCCAAAGAGAAGAAGAGAAACAAAAAACUACAAUCAACCUGAAGUAGGUGCAGGGAACAUUGUGACAAGUGCAGUGGACAAAGGCAAAAAGCAAGUACCAGAUUUGAGCCUUGAAAAUUUUCCUAUGUUAACACCUAUGACUAGCAGAAAUGGAUCCAAAAUUAUAGCAGCAGGUAUCAUUGAAACAAGAGUCAAAGAACACAAAGCUAAAAGAGUUAGCUGCCACAUUGCCCUUGGCUGGGAGAUACUCAAUAAUUAUAAUGAUGCAGUAAAUGGAAGAAUAUGGGUGAUAUGGGAUCCAAACUACUACUCAGUCAAUUUAAUCAAGGCAGAAGCACAAGUUAUUCAUUGUUCUGUUAGAGAUAUUAUGAAGGAUCAAGAAUGUGUAGUAUCAGUAGUCUAUGGCUUUAACACAGUAGAAAGAAGGAAGCAACUAUGGGAGAGCUUAAUAGAGAUAGGACAAAUGACUUCCAUACCAUGGUUGAUUGGAGGAGAUUUUAAUCCUCUCCUACAAUUACAAGAUAGGAUACAUGGUAAUCCAAUUACCAUGGCUGAAAUUCAAGACUUCAGUAAAUGUAUUCAAGACUUAAGGCUUAGUGAACUGGCUUGGGAAGGUGAUUAUUAUACAUGGUAUAAUAAGCAAGAAGGGAGUGACAGAAUAUGGAGCAGAAUUGAUAGGAUAUUUGGCAACUAUGAAUGGAUGAUGCAAUGGGGGCAUAUAACUACUGUAUAUGAGAUGCCUUUUAUAUCUAUCUGA